AUGACAAUUUUCAGCAUUUCUCAACAAUUUUUGAUUUCUGUGGUACAACAAACAGUUUCAAGCAGAUUACAGAGUCUGUCUUGUUUCAUAUCUAUUCUGUUUUCUAUCUAUCUAUCUAUCUAUCUAUCUAUCUAUCUAUCUCAGUGUGUUAAAUAUCUAUCUAUCUAUCUCAGUCUGUUAAAUAUCUAUCUAUCUAUCUAUCUAUCUAUCUAUCUAUCUAUCUAUCUAUUUAAAUCUAUUUUAUUUCAGUUUAUUUUGUUAUAUCUAUCUAUUUAUCUGUCAGUCAAUUUUGUCCUAUUUCAGUCUAUUCUUAUCUAUCUGUCUCUGUCUAUCUUUCUAUUUCAGUCUAUUCUUAUCUAUCUGUCUCUGUCUAUCUUUCUAUUUCAGUCUAUUCUUAUCUAUCUGUCUCUGUCUAUCUUUCUAUUUCAGUCUAUUCUUAUCUAUCUGUCUCUGUCUAUCUUUCUAUCUUUCUUAUCUAUCUGUCUCUGUCUAUCUUUCUAUUUCAGUCUAUUCUUAUCUAUCUGUCUCUGUCUAUCUUUCUAUUUCAGUCUAUUCUUAUCUAUCUGUCUCUGUCUAUCUUUCUAUUUCAGUCUAUUCUUAUCUAUCUGUCUCUGUCUAUCUUUCUAUCUAAGUCUAUUCUUAUCUAUCUGUCUCUGUCUAUCUUUCUAUUUCAGUCUAUUCUUAUCUAUCUGUCUCUGUCUAUCUUUCUAUCUAAGUCUAUUCUUAUCUAUCUGUCUCUGUCUAUCUUUCUAUUUCAGUCUAUUCUUAUCUAUCUGUCUCUGUCUAUCUUUCUAUUUCAGUCUAUUCUUAUCUAUCUGUCUCUGUCUAUCUUUCUAUUUCAGUCUAUUCUUAUCUAUCUGUCUCUGUCUAUCUCUGUCUAUCUUCUUAUCUAUCUGUCUCUGUCUAUCUUUCCUAGCUAACACAGUCUCUUUCUUAUCUAUCUGUCUCUGUCUAUCUUUCUAUUUCAGUCUAUUUUAUCUAUCUGUCUCUUCUAUUCUUAUCUAUCUGUCUCUGUCUAUCUUUCUAUCUAAGUCUAUUCUUAUCUAUCUGUCUCUGUCUAUCUUUCUAUUUCAGUCUAUUCUUAUCUAUCUGUCUCUGUCUAUCUUUCUAUUUCAUCUAUUCUUAUCUAUCUGUCUCUGUCUAUCUUUCUAUCUAAGUCUAUUCUUAUCUAUCUGUCUCUGUCUAUCUUUCUAUUUCAGUCUAUUCUUAUCUAUCUGUCUAUGUCUAUCUAUUUCUAUAUCUAAGUCUAUCUGUCUAUCUAUCUAUCUCUUAUCUGUCUAUCUUUCUAUCUAUCUAUCUGUCUAUCUAUCUAUCUAUCUAUCUUUCUUAUCUAUUCUUUUAAUAUCUGUCUAUCUUUCUAUUUCAGUCUAUUCUUAUCUAUUUCAUUUGUCUCUGUCUAUCUUUCUGUCUGUCUAUUCUUAUCUAUCUGUCUCUGUCUAUCUACCAAACACAGCCCUUUUUUAUAUCAGUAAGUCUAUUCUUAUCUAUCUGUCUCUGUCUAUCUUUCUAUCUCAGUCUAUUCUUAUCUAUCUGUCUCUAUCUAUUUCUUUUAAUAUCUACCAAACACAGCCCUUUUUAUUUCAGUCUAUUCUUAUCUAUCUGUCUCUGUCUAUCUUUCUAUCUUCUAGUCUAUUCUUAUCUAUCUGUCUAUCUGUCUAUCUACCAAAACACAGCCCCAGUCUAUUCUUAUCUAUUUCAGUCUAUUUCCAUUAUCUAUCUAUCUAUCUGUCUCUGUCUAUCUUUCUAUUUCAGUCUAUUCUUAUCUAUCUGUCUCUGUCUAUCUUUCUAUCUCAGUCUAUUCUCUAUCUAUCUAUCUAUCUAUUUAAUAUCUGUCUAUCUUUCUAUCUAUCUGUCUAUCUAUCUAUCUGUCUCUAUCUAUCUUUCUAUUUAACACAGUCCUUUUAUUCUUUUCUAUCUUAUCUGUCUCUGUCUAUCUUUCUAUCUCAGUCUAUUCUUAUCUAUCUAUCUCUGUCUAUCUUUCUAGUCCUUUUUUUGUCUAUUCUUAUCUAUCUGUCUCUGUCUAUCUUUCUAUUUCAGUCUGAUUUCUUAUCUAUCUGUCUCUGUCUAUCUUUCUAUCUAUCUAUUUCUAUCUAUCUAUCUAUCUCUGUAUCUAUCUAUCUGUCUAGUCUUUCUAUAUUAAUCUAUUCUUAUCUAUCUAUCUAUCUUUCUAUCUUCAGUCCUUUAUCUAUCUGUCUCUGUCUACCUAACACAGCCCUUUUUAUAUCAGUAUGUCUUUCUAUAUAUCUGAUUUCAUUUCUCUGUCUAUCUUUCUAUCUAUCUAUCUAUUCUUAUCUAUCUGUAUCUGUCUAUCUUUCUAACACAGUCCUUUCUUAUCUAUCUGUCUCUGUCUAUCUUUUUAUCUCAUCUAUUCUUAUCUAUCUGUCUCUGUCUAUCUAUCUAUUUCAGUCUAUUCUUAUCUAUCUGUCAUAUCUGUCUAUCUUUCUAUCUAUCUAUCUAUCUAUCUAUCAUCUUAUUCUUAUCUAUCUGUCUCUGUCUAUAUCUUUCCAACACAGUCCUUUUUUAAUAUCUACCAAACACAGCCCUUCUUUUCUGUCUCUGUCUAUGUCUUCUUCUAUCUAUCAGUCUAUUGAUUUCAUCUGUCUCUGUCUAUUUUUCAUAUUCUUAUCUAUCUGUCUAUCUGUCUAUCUAUCUAUUUCUAUCUAUUCUUAUCUAUCUGUCUCAUCUAUUCUAUCUAUCUGUCAGUAUCUUUCUAUAUAUCUAUUUUCUAUGUCUAUUCUAUCUAUCUAUCUAUCUGUCUAUCUUUCUAACACAGUCUAUUCUUUUAAUAUCUAUCUUUCUAACACAGCCCUUUUUAUAUCAGUAUGUCUUUCUAUAUCUAUUUCAUUUCUUAUUUCUGUCUCUGUCUAUCUUUCUAUCUAUCUAUCUGUCUAUCUAUCUAUCUCUAUCUUUUCUAUCUAUAUAUCUAUCUGUCUCAGUCUUUUAAUAUCUACCAAACACAGUCCUUUUUAUCUCAGUAUGUCUUUCUAUAUAUCUGAUUUCAUUUCUAUUCUUGUCUAUCUUUCUAUCUAUCUAUCUGUCUAUCUAUCAUAUCUGUCUCUUUCUUUCUAUCUGUCUGUCUGUCUAUCUAUCUAUCUAUCUCUAGCUUCAGUCCUUUUCUAUCUACCAAACACAGCCUUUUUAUAUCAGUAUGUUUUUAUAUAUCUGAUUUCUGUCUAUCUGUCUAUCUUUCUAUCUAUUCUUAUCUAUCUAUCUAUCUAUCUAUCUAUAUGCCUAGCUAACACAUAUCUGUCUUAUCUUUCUAUCUAUCUAUCUGUCUAUCUAUCUAUCUAUCUAUAUGCCUAUCUAACACAGUCUUUUAAUAUCUUUAUCUAUCUGUCUCUGUCUAUUUUAUAUCAUAUGUCUUUCUAUAUAUCUAUUUCUGUAUCUGUCUAUCUUUUUCUAUCUAUCUAUCUUAUCUAUCUCUAUCUCAUCUAUCUAUCUAUCUAUAUGUCUAUUCUUAUCUAUUAUCUAUUCAUCUAUCUAUCUAUCUAUGCCUUCUAUCACAGUCCUUUUAAUAUCUAUCUAACACAGCCCUUUUUUAUAUCAGUAUGUCUUUCUAUAUAUCUGAUUUCAUUCUAUCUGUCAUCUUUUUCUAUCUAUCUAUCUAUCUAUCUAUCUAUCUAUCUGCCUAUCACAGUCCUUUAUUCUUAUUUUUUCUGUCUUUCAUUUCUAUCUUUCUAUAUUUCAUCUAUUAUCUAUCUGUCUAUCUAUCUAUCUAUCUAUCUAUCUAUCUAUAUCUGUCUCUAUCUAUCUUUCUAUAUAUCUGAUUUCAGUCCUUUUCUUAUCUAUCUGUCACUUCUAUUCUAUCUAUCUAUCUAUCUGUCUGUCUAUCUAUCUAUCUAUCUAUCUAUAUGCCUAGCUAACACAUAUCUGUCUAUCUUUCUAUCUAUCUAUCUGUCUAUCUAUCUAUCUAUCUAUAUGCCUAGCUAA